AUGAUUAUCCAGGCUUUAUGUAUUCGCCAAAUAAAUUUACAUAAACUGAUCGAUUGCCGUCAUUUGUGCUAUUAUUAUACGAAAAAAUCAACUCUUAAUAAAUCGUUUUAUAAUAAAAAUAACACCUUAUACCCACAUAAUUUACCACACAGAUGUGCCUCAUCAAUGUCUUCAGUAACAUUUCCUUCGUGGUUCAUGGCUUUGUCGAACAGUACACCGGUAGCUUAUGCCCAACAAUUUGUAAUUUCAUUUCAUGAAGUGACAGGCAUGUCUUGGUGGUCUUCAAUAAUGCUUAGUGCUGUAGUUCUAAGAUUAGCUGUUACUCUACCAUUGACAGCAUAUCAAGUAGGUAAAACAAAUUUUUAAAUUUUACCUGAAACUAGAUAAUUAUUUACAAAAAUAGUUGAAUAUUAUACAUAAUAUAAUAUUUACAGUAUUUGUUGUGUCCUGUUGAUUAUAAAAAAAAACAACCAAUAUUGUCUUCAUUGGUUUAUGUAUACCUAAAGACUAUCAUUCAUGAUGCUAGUUUAAUUAAAUUCAAAAUUUAAUUAUAAUUUAUAUAAGUACUUGUUUAAUUAAUCAAUUCCAACUUCAGCAUUAUAACAAUGCAAAAUUAGAAAAUGCUUCCAUUGCAUUUCAACCAACAGUGAAAGACAUUGAAAAGGAAGUAAUCAAAGCAGUAAAAACACAAAAAUGGUCUGAAAAAAAAGCCAAAAGGGUUUACCAAAAAGCAGUAAAUAUAUUUAUAUUCUUUAAAUACCUACUUACUAGAAUUAUUUGUUAUAUUAUUAUUACAAUUUAAAUUCUGAACGCAACGAAAAAGCUUUAAUAGUUUGUAAUUAUUUUUGAGGUAAGAAACAAGUUUAAUAACUUUAAUAAACUAACAUUAUAGGUACUUCAAUAGACACUCAUAAAGUCAUAAUUAAAAAUAACUAUUUUUACUCUGAUCAUUUUUUAAAAUUUUUUUUGUUUGUUUAAUUGCAAAACGAAAAACUGCUAAGAUGUAUUAAUGAAAAAUCCUAAUAAAUUACGAGAAAUGAUCUCACAUACAUGGGCGCCAGGUUUUACAAUUUUUAUGGCGAUACCCAAAAUCCUAAAAUUAUUUAACUUUAAUCAAAAUAAAAAAAAAAAUCAACAAAGCAUUAGUCCUUUAUUGACUUUAAUUUUGUAUUUAGGGGGAGAGAGGGGGCGAUGAGGCACCAUCGACCCGAAGCGGUAAACUUUUUUUUUUCAGAGACCUAAAAAUAGGCUAUGAUUUUAGGCAACUUUAAUAUAAAUUUUUCUCAAAAGUGUUUUGAGACCAAUCGUUAUAAAACUAAUAGCCUACUUGCCUUAUUAAUUAUAUAAUAUGGUAAACUUUUAAUUUCUUUUGGUAUUACGAAAUAUAAUAUAUUUUAUAUAACUAUGUAGUAAACAGUAUUUAUUUGUUAUUACCCACUUUUUUAAUUUAAAAUUUAAAUCAAAUCAUAAUUCAGCUAUAUAAUUCUAGGUAAAAAAUUAUUGGAAUGAAUUAAUUGUUAAAGAAAACUGUCAUCCUGCAAAGUCAACAAUUGUAGUUUGGGUACAAGUGCCAAUGUGGAUUUGUAUGUCAAUAGCAAUUCGUAAUCUUACAUUAAUGUUACCUCCGAGUGACAAUGGUAAUAUUUUUAAAAAUACUUAUUUUUGAAUUUUGUUAAAUAACAUAUGUUUUUUUUAAAGCUGUUAUUAGAUUUUAUGAACUAUCUGAAGGUGGAAUUUUAUGGUUUCCAAAUUUAAUUGCAAUUGACUCAACUAUGUGUUUGCCUUUAAUUCUUUGUAUUUCAAAUCUUUUGAUUAUUGAGGUAAUGUAAAUAAAAUUACUUCUUAUCUAUUAAAUUUAUCAAAAAUUAAUUGUUUUAUAAACUACUAGGUGCAAAGUCUAUCAAGGAAUAAAGAACCAACACGCACUCAAAAAUUACUGACUAAUGUUUUUCGAGGAUUUUCUAUUGUUAUGAUGCCACUUUCAUGUUUCCUACCAUCGGUGUGUAACAAUUAAUUUUUAAUUUUUAAUUUUCUCUAAACUUUAGUUUUAUAUUUUAUAGGGUGUUAGUUUAUAUUGGACUGCAUCUAGUAUUUAUGGCCUAUCUCAAAAUUUAUUUUUAUUGUCUCCACAAGUGCGCAAGUGUUUUGGAAUACCAAAAACACCAUACAACCAUGAACACCCAUAUCAGCAUUUAAUAGAUAAGACUAAAUCUAAAUUAAGAAUUUCUUGA